AUGGUGAAGUCUAGCAUUAUUGUACCCGCUCAAUCAACAGGCUCAGCAUCACGUAAACGAUCUAUGGAUCAGGACGAUGAGCAUAGCGACAACAACAACGCCGAAAAAGCAACCGACGAUAAUGAGACCGAAACAAAGAAACCUAGGCUUGAAAUGUCAACAGCCAGCAGACGACGAGGUCAACGUUUAUUCGGUGUACUGUUGGGCACCCUUAACAAGUUUAAGGAUGAUAGCGAGAAGCGAUCCGAAGGGGAGAAAAAGCGACAAGAGAUUGAUAUCAAAUUGCAUGAGAAGUUAGCGAAUGAGAAGAAGGAACUAGCAGAGAAGAUGCAGGCUGACAAGGAACGUCGAGAACAAGAGCUCAACAUGCUAAGAGUGCGAGACCAACGAAUUUUGGAUGAGAAAAGGGAUGCAACCAAUGUACGACACAAAGAAUACACUGCCAACUAUUUAAAGACUACGACCACGCCCGUUUUACUCUAUCGACCGGCCAAACUCACCGAUGAUAUGGAAAAGAAACUUUCGCAGCAAAAAGAGGAUGCGCAAGAGGCUCGUAAAGCAUAUGAAGAACGCCGAGAACAACGAAUGAAGGAGGAUGAAGCUGAGGACAAGUCGGCAUUAGAAGCAGCGGAAAAACGACAUUAUCACCAGCGUGAACAACGAGACGAUGAUGAUAAUGAGCGAGGUGGUGAUGAACGUGACAAUGGAUCCAUGGUGGGUAGCCCUCGUUUAGAAUCACCUGCACCUGAAGACGCUGUAGCUGAUCGUGAUGAAUAA